GAGGACUCCGUCGCCACGGCAACGCGGCCAUACUGGCCCCAACGGAUCCAGGGGCCCGGGACUGCGGCUGGCCGCGGUCUCGUAGGCAGAGCCGGCAGCAUGGACAGCCUUUUCGUGGAGGAGGUGGCCGCCUCCCUGGUCAGGGAGUUCCUCAGCAGAAAGGGUUUAAAGAAGACGUGUGUGACCAUGGACCAGGAGCGCCCACGCUCUGACCUCAGCAUAAACAGCAGAAACGAUCUCCGUAAGGUUUUGCAUCUUGAGUUUCUCUACAAGGAGAACAAGGCAAAGGAAAAUCCUCUGAAAACAAACCUUGAACUUAUUACCAGAUAUUUUCUGGAUCACUUUGAAAAUACUGCUAAUAAUUUCACUCAAGAAACAACAAUCCCUGCACUAUCAAUUCCAAAGAAAAAUAACAAAUUGCCAUUGAGGUGCUCAGAGACCACACUGGUAAAUAUAUAUGACCUUGCAAAUGAAGAUGCAGGAUGGAGAGCAUCAUUGUCAGAAACAAGCAAAUCCAGACCUGACAAUCUUGAUGGGGAUGUACUUGGUAAUUUCGUAUCAUCUAAAAGACCCCUCCACAAAAGUAAGCCCAUGCAGAGUGUCCUGGGUGAAAGUCCCCCCUUGGCCCCUGCAUGGGAGAAGAUGGACAAGCCUCAGUCAUCCGAGCUCUCCUUAGACACGAAGAAGAUGGGAGAGAAGAUCAGGCCCAAGUCUGGCCUGAUUGUCCGCGGCAUGAUGGCUGGGCCCAUCGCCAGCUCCCCACAGGAUUCCCUCCGCAAGCGCUCUCUGAGGCGGUCCUCGGCCUUGAGCAACAUCACCCAACCCCAUGAGGAAGAGAGCCGGAAGGUGCCAGAGCUCUCUGCCUGCACUCAGGCCUGUCCUGCCCCCCAGGAAGGCCUGGCUUUGAGCAAUGGCUCCACUCCCAGGAGCCCCCUGGGCCAGCACAGCGAGCUGUGUUCAGACAAGCAGAGAAGCACCCCUGGUAGCCCUCCUCACUUGCCAAGCAAAGGGCUGCCCCACAGGGAGAGGGGCUGGUGGAGAGAUCUUUCAGAAGAUAGCCCAGCAGUGGACGGCGCCCCAGAGGCCAACAGGACACCCUUGAAUUUCUACUUGCCAGGUGGGAAUGCCAGAUCUACCCAGGAGAGGCUGGAAAGGGCCUUCAAGCGGCAGGGGAGCCAGCCCCCACCCCUCAGGAAAAACCAGUUGCCAGUGUCCAGCAAGGCCGACGGUGAGCUGGGUGCCCUACAGCUUGAGGAUGUGGAGGAUGAGUUGAUAAGGGAAGAAGUCAUCCUCCUGUCUCCAGCCCCAUCAAUGCUCAAGCUGCAGAUAGUGUCAACGCCAAUUGACUUCUCAGUGGCAAAGGACAUAAAGAACCUUCUGUUUGGUUCCAGCUUUUGCUGUUUCAAUGAAGAAUGGAAACUUCAGAGUUUUUCCUUUAAUGACAAAGCCUCGUUAAAAUAUGGCAUUGUGCAGAACAAGGGCGGUCCCUGUGGGGUCCUGGCAGCUGUCCAAGGCUGUGUCCUACAGAAGCUCCUGUUUGAAGGAGAUGGCAGCGCUGACUGCGUUCGGCAGCUGCAACCUUCAAACGCCCACAGGAGCCACUGCCUCGCCCUGGCCAUUGCAGACAUUGUGUGGCGAGCUGGCGGCCACGAGAGAGCCGUGGUCACACUGGCUUCGGGAACACAGCAGUUCAGUCCAACAGGGAAAUACAAAGCAGAUGGAGUCUUAGAAACACUCAUACUCCACAAUUUGACCUGCUAUGAGGAGCUGGUGACUUUUCUUCAACAAAAUAUCCAUCAGUUUGAAGCGGGCCCCUAUGGCUGUGUCCUGCUCACUCUGUCUGCCAUCCUGUCCAGGUCCACGGAACUUGUCCGCCAGGACUUCGAUGAGCCCACCAACCACCUGAUUGGAGCACAUGGAUACUGCACACAGGAACUUGUCAAUCUGCUCCUUACUGGGAGAGCCGUGUCCAAUGUUUUCAACGACGUGCUUGAGCUGGAUUCUGGGAACGGGAGCAUCACACUCCUCAAAGGCAUCGCAGCGCGCAGCGACAUCGGCUUCUUGUCUCUCUUUGAGCACUACAACGUGUGCCAGGUCGGCUGCUUCCUGAAGACGCCGAGGUUCCCCAUCUGGGUGGUGUGCAGCGAGAGCCACUUCAGUGUCCUCUUCAGCCUGCAGCCGGAGCUCCUGCGAGACUGGCGGACCGAGAGGCUCUUCGACCUGUACUAUUAUGAUGGCCUGGCCAACCAGCAGGAGCAGAUUCGGCUGACUGUGGACACCACCCAGACAGUCCCUGAGGACAGCGACAAUGACCUCGUUCCACCCCUGGAACUCUGCAUCAGGACUAAGUGGAAGGGGGCAUCAGUGAACUGGAACGGCUCAGACCCCAUCCUGUGACCCUUCCUGUGGGUAAGCCCUGUGGCUCCACCACUCGUCAUGGGGGUGACAGCUGAGCCCCAGGCCUCAGGGACAAAUCUCCGGGAAGAGCGUCACCCUGACCUGGGCCAGCACUGUUGCAGAAGUAUCCAGAACCUCCCUGCCCCUUCUAUGAAGGGUCCACCCAGGACUAUGAUGAGGACACUGGGUACUACCGAGUCACUCACUCCUGGUGGAGCUGUGACUGCCAAGGACUGGAGGAAGACCUCUGGGCCUCUGCCUCCUUUGGUCUGGAUCCCUCCCUUGCUCCUCAAAGGGCCAUACCCUUGCCAAACCUCUGAUAUGAUUGGCCCAGGGACCCUGGGGAUGGCCAGGGUGACUCUGAUAUAGUUGGCCGGGAAAUUCUUAUUUCUGGUAGUUGGAUUCCUAUAAAGCAGGAUUCAAACCCAUACCAAGGGCCAAGACUCAUUUAUUCUGUUGGUGUAAAGGAAGCAGGAAGUCUGGGCUGGGAAUGAUGAUAGUGGAGGGUCCCAGAGUCUUGAAGGCCUGCCUUUAUCUGGGAAGUCACCUAACAGGGGUCUCUGCAGGCACACAACUCCUUCCUUCCUGGUCUGGUGGUGUCCCAGGCUGGACUUCUGCUGCGCAGCCCAGGUAGCAGACCCUAUGAGCUGUGCCAUCUAACACAGCCCUCAGGAAGCCCAGCUCAGGGCACUCUUAGGACUCUGCAAGACCCUGUAAGGUUGGUCAGGUGGACCUGGAGGGUAGGCUGGACCUGGCCAGGUGGAUAUGUGGAAAAGAACCUUCUAAAGAGGAACCUUUCACCCACAGAGGGCAGUAAUAUGGGAUAAGCAGAGGCACUGGGUGUUCCCCAUGUGGCUACCACAGGGCAUGUGGGGAGAGCCUGUGGAGAACCUUGCAUUACAGAGUAAGGAUGGGAGAGGCUGGAAUGGGAAAAAGUCCAUGGUGACUCAGGAAGGAAAAUUGUACAGUUGGAGCGUCCUUCAGCCCAUUAAUUUAUAUCUUACUGGUUUCAAAAAGGAAUAUGAGGAAGUGUAGAAAUGCAGGGGGAGGCUGGUAAAGGAGAGUCAGAGUUGGGUCAAAAACAAAGUUAAGGACAGCCCUGCAGAGGCUGCUUACAACACGACUGAGCGGGGGUGCCCAGAAGCAGAGCACCCACCUGGAGGAGCCUCCUUCACGAGGCUGCCACGUGAAAAGCUAUGAGAGACAUAGGACAGAGUCCUCAGGAGCCCCGUCCAGUACCCGCCCCUGCAGAGUCCUGCUGGUGCCUGGGCGGACGCUCUGCGUGGGGCCCGCAGAGGUGGGUGUUUAUGCACCGCCCCUCCCUUGUCUGUCCUGAUCCGGACCGCAGGCUGGCCCAGCCUCCGCGUGUCUCUCGGCUCGGGAAACAAGCAGCCGGGGCUGUGAUCUUUCUACAGUUCUGGCUAACAGGAGACUCUGUCUCUUUAGGUGCCAGGCAUGCCGAGUCAAAACUGGCAUUUGAUGGUGAUAACUAAGAGCCUGUUUUGUGCACUUGUGGGCUGGGCACGCGGAGUAGUAGUCCUGAGAGGCAGGGAGGAGCCGCGGGGGGAAGUGAGAGGUUUUGUCCUGGCUGUGCGGAGGCCCCGCGGGAUUUGCUAUGUAAACUCCAGUGGCCAUUCACAGCAGGCGCCCCGCAGAAAUGCUUCCUAUAUGUCCCUGCAAUGUUUAUGCAUUUGUUUUCCUUGGCUAGAGACAGGCCCCUGAAGCCGAGUGCCUGGGCAGAGGAAGUCGGUUUCCCUGCGGUAGCCUUGUUUAUCAGCCCAGGGAGGAAAAGUGUGUCUUUUCAAUGAAACUCACUUAACCUCCUGACCAGUGUCCCAUUGGCAGAGCUGCAGAAAUCAAAAUAUUCUCAGCUUUGUAUAUGUGCUGCCGAAGCGAGCACAAAAUAUUCUCAGCUUUGCUUGAGCAGAACAGUUCCAACAGAUUACGAAAGUACUUUUCUAGAAGACAAGUCAUAGGUACAUGUGCAGUCUGACGCCCCUUACGUGGGGCUUCCUGGAAUGGAAGAGGAGCAACGCCCUGCUCCACUCUAUCCGAGACCCAGAAGCAAGAAUGAAACCAUGGCCCACCGCCAAGCCCGCAAGAAUGAGGUACAGCUGACGCCCCUUUGCAUGGGUGGUGGUCUCCGACCCGGAGCAGAUUCACUAGGGAGCCUGUGAGUAGGCUUCAGAAGGUCCGUAGCCCCCCAAAUUAUAUUGAAAUCUUUGUGAGCAUGUUCAUGUGUGUAAUUUUCUGGGAAGAGGGUCUAUAUCCUUCCCUGUGGCCUCAAACUUAGGAAAGCGCCCCGCCUGCUUUCCCCCAGAAAGCUUAAGAACCAUGUCCUAAAGUUGAAUGACCUCCCCAGGGCUGACCCUGGACUUGGCCGCUCCAUCCAGGGGGGCUGGUUUAUUGAGCAAGCACCAUUCAAUAAGGUGCGAGCAGAAAGUAGCUUUAUACUGUCUUGUUAUUUCCCAGUGAAUUCUGUCUUUCCCUUAACUGUUUCUCAGUCUCUGGAUGAAAGAGAACAAUUCUACUCCUCUUUCACAGUGUGAGUGGCAAGACUAGACUAACAUAAGCCUUGACUCCCCACACUCAUCAAUGGGGACUCCCCCUCACCUGCUCUUAUGUGAUGUCACCUGAGUCAGGUGACAAGGUCCCUGCUGGGCUGGCCUCUGACCCUUGCCUGCCCCUGUGUCUGGCAGAGCCAAUUUCCCCCUCCCUUUCCCUUUUUAUAAGUCUUCUUUUGCAGGAUCCACAUUUGAACCAUGGAACACACCUUUGCCGCCCGCCCCCCCUACUGCCCCCAUUAUGGAGUUCUUUCCCACCUCAGCCUGUCUGCUUAGCAGCCCGUCCAAAGCAGUGACAUCUCGGCAUUCCCAGGCCAAGUCAGGGCGAUUCCUGCAAGUGAGUCCUGAACAUGGACCCACACGGUGUGCUUUCAAGUCAUUUUCUCGAAGCCUUCCUUAAGAGGAGAGGAGAGGCAACUCCCUUUCACCCUGUGGGGUAAGGAAGGGGGUCUCGGCACACUGAUGCCUCUCUCCAAAGAAGUCCACAGGAGCUAUUGGUGUGUCCACUGUAGGCCCAGAGCUUUUCGUGCCUCCUCCCAUGAGUGACGAUGGGCCAACGUUAACAGAAUCAUCUGUACCACUCUCUGUAAGUUCUAAUGGGACUGCACAGGUCAGGAAAGCAGUUUCUAGAAGAACUGCAAGAAUUCCCUAGGGGCAACACCGAGCCAGGGCUUGGAGGGAUGUUUGGGGAUAUUGUAAGGAGGGUGCGUCUAGGCUGUCCUGACUGCUUCCAGUGUCUCUGUAUCUCAUUUGGAAGGGAAGUCAGGAGCAGGCCAGGGCCCAGCCUAUCUGGAGCGCCAGAGGUCAAAGUGGGCAGCUGUGACCCCAGCUCCUGAAGGGUGGGAGCAGUGAAGGGCCAGGCUUAGAACGGCUCUCACAGGCCAUAGAUCUGCUGAGCCUCCAUGACAACAGGAGGACUUUCCUGUCCUAACCCAAACCCUAAACCCCUACCCAGCAUGCGUGCUUAGAUCUGUAGCAUUGGUCACACCUGAGAGCAUCUUAGAAAUGCAGACUCUCAGGCCCCACCCCAGUCCUGCUGAAUCAGGAUCUGCAUUUUAACAAAACCCUCAGGUGAACCAGAUUGAGGUUGAGAAGCUCUGCAGCUUGCUGUUUCGUAGGGAGGCUGUGGAGAGGCAGAAGCCGUGCCCAGGACAAAGCAGCCCUGAGGAACGCUGCAGGAGGUGUCGGUGUCUGCGCUGAGGGAGGAGCCGCCUCAGGACCAGAGGGCCCUAGUGUAGUCCUGCCUGCUCUGCUUCUUGCCUGCGUGAGCUCCUGGGGCCUCAGUUUCCUCAGCUGUAAAAUGGCUACCUGCCAGGGCCGGGAUGAGGAUUAGGUGAGACAAUAUGUUGUAAAGUGUGUACAAGAGGGCCAGCAGGGCUAGCAGAGACUCCGUGGAGGCCGUGGCAUCUCACCUGGGCCUUGAAGGACAGGCUGGGUUUUGACAAGUAGAGAACUGGACAGAAGUCAUUUCAGCGAGAGCUGAGAGGCCAUGAAAGCCCAUGAGGUGUCUAGGUCCUCUGGGGGACGACUGAGCAUGGAUUAGGCUCCACAGUGGUGACGGUUUUCGCUGGUUGGCCUGGGACAAGGGCUGCUCAGAGCUCAGAGCUCUGCCUCAGACUCUCCAAGGCAGGGAAAUGUGUGGGGGUCAGUGGCAGGAGCACAGGAGACGCUACACGAUGCUCCCUAAAAAGACAGAGUGGAGAGGUGAAGAGAGGCUGGAGGUGACAGACUUGACGGCCUUUGCCUCAGAGGCUCCAUGGGUGAUCCUCGCUGGCCACUGAGUCCUUCCCAGAUCCUGAAACCUGCAGGAGGCAACCAGGCUUCCAGAUCUAUUUGCAGGUGUUUCUCUCCAUCCACCAGAGUCCUCCCUACUCUCUAAGCAUGCCUUAAUCCUCACAGGGUUGUGGGAGCUGUAAUUACCAGGCUAAAAUGCCAGGCAUUUGCGAUAAUGGAAAUUGCUUAAUGCAGGACAAGGGGUGGGCUGGCAGGUGGGUGGGCCAGUGAGCUGGCAGGCUGCUCCUGGGUCAAGGUGGCACACUGCCAGGGCCUGCACAUUGCUCAGGGUCUACUCCAGCUCCACACAAGAGAGGGAUCAGAGCCCCCGUUUGGGGGCAUGGUGGCAAGGGAAGCCAGGGUUGGCUUUUCCCACCCCGCCUCUGGUGCCAUUUCCAGAUCAUGGGGCAUCAUCCCACUUUCCUGCCCGGGAAGUCACUGAAGACCUCUUUAUAGAUGGGGAAACUGAGGCUCAGAUAGUGAAUCUUAGUUAAGAUUCCUCCUGGGACACAUCUCCUCCAUGGGGUCUUUUGGAGACCAGGCCACCAGAUGAUUCUGGGGAAUAAGGGAAUGCAUCUUAGUGGGGGCCAAGGAGGGUGAUUCCAAACCCUGCUUGUUCUGCCUCCCCUCCCGCUCCCUUCUCCAGCUCCACAUUCAACCCACCCUAGGCCACAGCAGCUACUUCCCCAAUGAAACUCUUGCUGUCUGAAGCCUUCCCUAGUGCUCUCUGCUGUACUUGGGCCCCUGUCCUCUGACUUUCUUUGUCCAUUAGCUAAAUCUUACCCAUUCUUCAAGCCCACACCAAGACCCCUCCUCUAGGAAGCCUUCCUGGAUUACCCAGCUGGAAGCAAAGGCUCCAUCUUCUGAAGUCCUUGGGUCUUGAUCAGCUCCUAUCUCACAAGCCCAGGUUCUAUUCCAGUGAGUGGUUAUUGGUCACCCAAUCACAGGCUUCCCUAUUACAACAUGUGUAACACACAUGCACACACACACACACACACACACACACGCACCCCUCUAGACUGCACACUUUUUCCAUGUUCCUGGGCCCGGGGCUCUUUGUCUUCCCUUCCACACCCCAUGAACCUGUCCAUCCAGGGGAUGAAGCCCAAGGUUCAGUCUCUCUUUGAUGAAGCUUCGCCCCAGCCACACCUGUGCCUCACACCCUACCCCAUCUCCUGGCAUAAAGCCCUGCCACUGGGUGUUGGGGUGGGGACGUGCUGCCCGAGGUCUCUAAACCGUUGAUUCUGGGUGUGGUUUUGAGAUUAAAACUGGCGCCUUUCCUGUACCCUCUGAUAAAGCCAUCCUGAGUGCUUAUCUGGAAUUUUCUGUCUUAAGGCCUGUUGACAUCUAUGGGGUUCAGCAAAGUCCUGCCUCCCUGCAGAGGUGCCCUGAGUGAUAAGCACCCACCUCUCUGUGCCCUGCUGGGUGUCUAGCCUGGCACUCCCAGGCUGUCAGUACCUCCCUGAGCCCUGGCCCCCCUGCCUUGCUUGCCCUUCCCCUGCCCCAGCGCAGGGACUGAAGUUGAGAGUGCUAUUAAUAAAGAUUCAGCACAGGUCAUUAGUCUGUAUACACAGACUCAGGAAAUCUAUGGAAGAGUUGUUCUCCUAUCAGUUGAUCUGCUUUCACCCUAUACUCCAAACUCCUGGGCUCGGAUCCCUCUUAGGUUUUAUUGGGGACGUAAAGCUCAGAGGAGGGGAGCUGUAUGGGCCAGAGCGAUCAUGGGGAGGAGGAGAGCUGGAGUCUACAGG